AUGACAUGGACUUGUAUGCAAUGCAAAUGUCAAAUUGUCAAUGAAUCAGCUGCUAAUUGUGACAUUUGCAACGCCCUUCGUGUCCUUGAAUGUCCUACAUGCAAAAACGACAUCAAAUAUGGCAAACGUCUUCAUGUUAAUGGAAAAACAUAUCAUCCUGAUUGUUUUUGCUGUAACAGUUGCAAGAAACCUCUAUCAAGUCGCUUUCAAGUAGUAAAUGGAAGUAAUUAUCAUCCAGAAUGUGCAUCCAAAUCUAAAACCAUGACCAAGAUUACGACCACCAAAAAAGAAGAAAGUGGGGGUACAUCAGUGCCAAACAACAAGUGUAAGAGCAAGACCAACGUCAAAACUAUUGGAGAUACUACUGGACAUGAUGUUGCUCACGGUGAUGGAUGGAGGUGCUCCACUUGCACGUUUUUCAAUAUUAAUGACGCAGCUUCGUCCUGUGCUGCGUGCGAUGCUGUCCGCAUCUUUCAGUGUUCUGGGUGUCAGGGAGAGAUCAAGUAUGGAGCUCGCACCAAUGUAAACGGCAAAGUGUACCAUCCAGAUUGUUUCCGUUGCACUGCGUGCCAUGAAAAGUUUACAAGUAACAAGUUUCAAGUCAAGGACGGCGAGUUCUACGACUAUGAGUGCUACAAGCAGCUCUUCCAUCCGCGAUGCGAUGUUUGUGAGGACUUUAUCCCAUACGAACCAGGCACUCAGAAGAUAUCCUUUAAGGUGAUGCCCUUUUCGGACCUGAAAUACUGCGCCGAGCAUGAAAAUUGCGAUCGCUGCUGCAGUUGCCAGCGCGUCGAGCCGAAAAAUCCAAGCCGGCAAUUCCACAGUCUCAGUGAUGGACGCAAGGUUUGCCACGACUGCUGCAAGUAUUUUGUGCUUGAUACGAAAGAGGCAGAAGGUGUGGUGAAGGAAGUUUGGGCGUAUAUGAAGAGUAUCGGCAUAAAUCUUCCUGAGAUUCCAGUUUAUCUGGUGGAAUCUCCUGUGCUGAACGAGCAUCGCAGUGCUCACAAGAAAGCAUUGAUGAAUGGUAACAAACCCGUGAAAGGCCACGAGACUCGCGGCCUUUGCCUCUCGGAGGUGUCCCAAAUCCAGCACAUGGUCCGGUCUGGGAAGCAGGCGGUUCGCCAAGUUGCCUCCAUUGAGAAGACUCGCUCGGUGAACGCUAUCCUGAUACUUCAUGGCCUUCCGUACGACCUUACAGCUUCUAUUUUGGUUCACGAAGCUACCCAUGCAUUUAUCAAGCUCAGCGAUGACUUUCCUGAUCAUAUUCCGCCUAAGAUCGAGGAAGGAAUGUGCCAGUUGAUGAGCUAUCUAUUCCUGAAGUACAAGCACAUGAUGGAGAGCAAAAACUCCAAGAAACGCACCUAUGAAGGUCGAUUGCGUAAGUUUUACAAGCGACAACUUCAAAACGAUGUAUGUCCGAUCUACGGUGACGGUUUUCGUGAAGCUUACGCGGCCUACAAGCGAGUCAACUCGCUGCAGAAAAUGUUUGAUGCGAUUCGACACAACGCGUCAUUCCCCUGA